CGCGGAGCCGGGCUGCGGGCAGCGGCGCCGCGGGCGCGGAAUCAUCAUGAGGACCUAGGGCAUCUGCCUGCUGAGCCCCCAGCCCGCAGUGACUAUGGCCCCCCGCAAGAGGAGCCGCCAUGGCCUGGGCUUCCUGUGCUGCUUCGGGGGCAGUGACCUCCCCGAGAUCAACCUCCGGGACAACCACCCUCUGCAGUACAUGGAGUUCUCCAGCCCCAUCCCGAACUCAGAAGAGCUUAACAUCCGCUUCGCAGAGCUGGUGGAUGAGUUGGAUCUCACUGACAAAAACCGGGAGGCUAUGUUCGCCCUGCCCCCAGAGAAGAAAUGGCAGAUCUACUGCAGCAAGAAGAAGGAGCAGGAGGACCCGAACAAGCUGGCGACCAGCUGGCCAGACUAUUACAUUGACCGCAUCAACUCCAUGGCUGCGAUGCAGAGUCUGUACGCAUUUGAUGAGGAGGAGACAGAGAUGAGGAACCAAGUCGUGGAAGACCUGAAGACGGCUCUCCGGACGCAGCCCAUGAGGUUUGUGACCCGCUUCAUCGAGCUGGAGGGCUUGACCUGUCUGCUAAAUUUCCUCCGGAGCAUGGACCAUGCCACCUGCGAGAGCCGCAUCCACACCUCCCUCAUCGGCUGCAUCAAGGCACUGAUGAACAACUCCCAGGGGCGGGCGCACGUGCUGGCGCAGCCCGAGGCCAUCAGCACCAUCGCCCAGAGCCUGCGCACGGAGAACAGCAAGACAAAGGUGGCUGUGCUGGAGAUCCUGGGCGCCGUGUGCCUUGUGCCCGGCGGCCACAAGAAGGUGCUGCAGGCCAUGCUACACUACCAGGUGUAUGCUGCAGAGCGAACACGCUUUCAGACUCUGUUGAACGAGCUAGACCGCAGUUUGGGCCGGUACCGGGAUGAAGUGAACCUGAAAACGGCCAUCAUGUCCUUCAUCAAUGCUGUCCUCAAUGCUGGAGCUGGAGAGGAUAAUCUGGAGUUCCGCCUACAUCUACGGUAUGAGUUCCUGAUGCUGGGGAUACAGCCUGUGAUCGACAAGCUCCGGCAGCAUGAGAAUGCCAUCCUGGACAAGCAUUUAGACUUCUUCGAGAUGGUCCGGAAUGAGGAUGACCUGGAGCUAGCCAGGAGGUUUGACAUGGUCCACAUCGACACUAAGAGUGCUUCCCAGAUGUUCGAGCUGAUCCACAAGAAGCUGAAGCAUACUGAGGCCUACCCCUGCCUGCUCUCUGUCCUGCACCACUGCCUGCAGAUGCCCUACAAGCGGAAUGGUGGCUACUUACAGCAGUGGCAGCUCCUGGACCGCAUCCUCCAGCAGAUUGUCCUCCAGGAUGAGCGGGGUGUGGACCCUGACCUGGCUCCCUUGGAGAACUUCAACGUUAAGAACAUCGUCAACAUGCUCAUCAAUGAGAACGAAGUGAAACAGUGGCGUGACCAGGCAGAGAAGUUCCGGAAAGAACACAUGGAGCUCGUGAGCCGGCUGGAGAGGAAGGAGCGGGAAUGUGAAACAAAGACGUUGGAGAAGGAAGAGAUGAUGCGGACACUGAACAAAAUGAAGGACAAGCUGGCCCGGGAGUCCCAGGAGCUGCGCCAGGCUCGGGGACAAGUGGCAGAGCUGGUGGCCCAGCUCAGCGAACUCUCAACAGGCCCUGUAUCUUCCCCGCCUCCCCCGGGGGGCCCCCUCACCUUGUCUUCCUCCAUGACAACCAGUGACCUGCCUCCACCCCCACCUCCUCUGCCCUUUGCCUGCUGCCCCCCUCCCCCACCCCCACCCCUUCCUCCUGGGGGGGCCCCCACCCCCCCAGGUGCCCCACCUUGCUUCGGCAUGGGCCCACCCCUCCCUCAGGACCCCUACCCCAGCAGUGAUGUCUCACUCAGGAAAAAGCGUGUCCCCCAGCCUUCCCACCCGCUGAAGUCCUUCAACUGGGUCAAGCUGAAUGAGGAGCGUGUCCCUGGCACCGUAUGGAAUGAGAUUGAUGACAUGCAGGUAUUUCGGAUUCUGGACCUAGAGGAUUUUGAAAAAAUGUUUUCAGCCUAUCAGAGGCACCAGAAAGAGUUGGGCUCCACUGAGGACAUCUACCUGGCCUCCCGCAAGGUCAAGGAGCUGUCGGUCAUUGACGGCAGGAGGGCCCAGAACUGCAUCAUCCUUCUCUCCAAGUUGAAGCUUUCCAACGAGGAGAUCCGGCAGGCUAUCUUGAAGAUGGACGAGCAGGAGGACCUCGCCAAGGACAUGCUGGAGCAGCUCCUCAAGUUCGUCCCUGAGAAGAGUGACAUUGACCUCCUCGAGGAGCACAAGCACGAGAUCGAGCGGAUGGCCCGUGCUGACCGCUUCCUCUAUGAAAUGAGCAGGAUCGACCACUACCAGCAGCGACUACAGGCCCUCUUCUUCAAGAAGAAGUUCCAGGAGCGGCUGGCUGAGGCCAAGCCCAAGGUGGAAGCCAUCCUGCUGGCCUCCCGGGAGCUGAUCCGCAGCAAGCGUCUAAAGCAGAUGCUAGAGGUUGUCCUAGCCAUCGGCAACUUCAUGAACAAAGGGCAGCGUGGGGGUGCCUACGGGUUCCGGGUGGCCAGCCUCAACAAGAUCGCCGACACCAAAUCCAGCAUUGACAGAAACAUCUCUCUGCUCCAUUACCUGAUCAUGAUCCUGGAGAAGCAUUUCCCUGACAUCCUGAACAUGCCUUCGGAGCUGCAGCAUCUUCCAGAAGCUGCCAAAGUCAACCUGGCAGAGCUGGAGAAGGAGGUGGGCAACCUCAGAAGGGGCCUGAGAGCAGUGGAGGUGGAGCUGGAAUAUCAGAGGCGCCAGGUGCGGGAGCCCAAUGACAAGUUUGUCCCAAUCAUGAGCGAUUUCAUCACGGUGUCCAGCUUCAGCUUCUCAGAGCUGGAGGACCAGCUAAAUGAGGCCAGGGACAAGUUCGCCAAGGCCCUGAUGCACUUCGGGGAGCAGGAGAGCAAGAUGCAGCCGGACGAAUUCUUUGGUAUCUUCGACACCUUCCUGCAGGCCUUCUCGGAGGCGCGGCAGGAUCUGGAGGCCAUGAGGCGCAGGAAGGAGGAGGAGGAGCGGCGGGCGCGCAUGGAGGCCAUGCUGAAGGAGCAGAGGGAGCGCGAGCGGUGGCAGCGGCAGCGGAAGGUCCGGGCGGGCAGCGCGCUGGACGAGGGGGGCGGCGAGUUCGACGACCUGGUGUCGGCCCUGCGCUCCGGGGAGGUUUUCGACAAGGACUUAUGCAAGCUCAAGCGCAGCCGCAAGCGGUCAGGGAGCCAGGCCCCGGAAGUCACCAGGGAGCGCGCAAUAAACAGGCUAAAUUAUUGACCUGGGACUGGGCGCGCAGGAGGCCGGGAGACAGGGACAGCCGAGAGGGGCUGAGUGGAGGCGGCGGUGAUACUUACAGGAUUUGGUGCUCAGGCUGAGCCCUGGGCUGGGCCCUGGGGUGGGGAGUGGUGUGUGGCUGGACCAGGUGUCCCCCCACACUCACCUAGCGGCUCCUCUCUUCUCCCCUUCACACCAUUCUUUCUGCAUCAGUCCCCGGGGGUCUUCUCUGAGGCUGUCUUGGACACCCCUGGCAGGCCCCGGGCCUCUAGCCAGGCAACCCUAGGCCGAGGGCCCUGCUCCCCACCCCACCGUGGGCACCCACGUGUUGGCACAGAACUGCCCCAGCUCUACACCGGAGAGGAGGUCCAUGACAUUGCCCAGAUUUCAUGUGCAGGGAGAGUAACAGGGCCCCUGAGAGCCAGGGUGGGGAGUCCAGGCCCCCGCCCUCGAGGAGGCUCCGCGAACACUGAUCUGGGGGCAAACUUUCCUUUUGGAUGGAAACGGGAAAGGCAUUAUGUUUUCUAGCUAGAUCAGCUCUGGUAUGUUCCAGAAAGACAACAAACAUUGGGAGGAUGAUGCAGGGACCAAAGCCACCAGAACAGGGUAGCAGUGCCUGUUUCCUACGUCACAAGUCCUUUGGCCUCUCUGCCCUGUCUGAAGUCUUUCUCCCUACACCCACCUGCCCACCUCCAUCUGCUCUACUAAUCCACAACCCGGAAGACUCCCCUUUGGGUUCCACGACCACGGCUCACUACCAGGUCCUUGAAUCUGGUAAGGGAGGGGGCUCAAAUAGGACCUCGUUCACACCACACCUCAUGCAAAUCCCUACAGGUGCAUCCCAAGUCCCCCCACCUCCCCAUGCAACCUGGCCGCGGUUGGGAAGUGACCCCGCGUGUUGCCUAGGAGUUCCCUGUGGCCCCUCACCAGAGGGCAGCACUUGAGUGCCAGCUGCACCCAGCAGCCCCCUGGUCCACCACGUCACAUAAAUCACUCACAGCCCCUUUCUCUAACACCUGCCUCAGGGCAGAAGCCACAGUGAGCCACAGAAGAGCUUCUUGCUCCGUGCAGCCUGCAGGAGGGCACUUGGCACCAGUGUCCUGGCUGAGGCUGGUGGGGGAGUCGGUUCCUGAGGGGGUCCCCAGGGCCAGAGCUGCCCUCCACAUUUACACCUCUAAGCGUGGCCCCUCCUGCGCAGCAUUCAGAGGGGGGCUAAGAGGAGAGAGGGGAAGGCGAGGGAAGCUGGGGAUGGGGGAGCGCACUGCCUGAGGGCCCUCCCAUCUCUGGAACCCAAGCUGGUUCUUCAGCCUGACUUGCCAGGGGCCCAUUCUGGUGCUCCUGUCCACUCCCACCUUCCAUUUUGUCCAUCUUGAGCUGUCCUUGGUGGAUGGAACAGCUGGCUCUAGACAAAAUCUCUUCUAAAAGGAGGGGCCUGAGGUCAAUUCCAAGGCUUUUGUGUUCAAUAAUGUCUCACUGUCUGUGCGACCCGCCCUGCUUCAACCCAUCCACCAGUUCCUAGCCCUCCCGCCCUCUGCCCUGCCUGUGUGUUCCCGACCUCACUCCUGGCUCAGGGUUAUUGCCAGUGCACACACUGGUGGGCUGGCCCGCUCUCAGCUGUCUAUCUUCUGCCUUUUUCUUGUAUCAGAUUCCUGGGGGUGGGAUGAUAGUAGCUGUGGGGGCAGAAACACAGGGUUGGUGAGCCCAGCAUGUGUGUAGGUUCGAGGGGGCAGGUGGCACGUGUUUUCUGGGGGGAGGGAUCUGAGCAGUGCAAGCCUGGCCGGCACAGGUGUGAAGAGCGAUCCUGGAACCCAGGUGAGGGUGAGAUGAAGGCUUCCAGGAAGAGCAGCUGCAGAGAGCUUCGCUAUACCCAUCUGCACCCCCGAGACCCCCCUGCAAGAUGCAGGUGUUGGGAUGAUGGGGAGGUUGUGGGUGAGGCCUCUUAAGGUCCUCUCCCAAACCGGCCAGGCUGAGGUCAGUCUAGCCCCCAAGGGGAGCUCUCCAGUCUGACAAGCAUCUCCAAAUCCUGGCAUUCCCGCCCACCGAGGAAGACCAGAUAUGCACCAGGAAAGACAAGGAAUGUGGAAGCUGUUCAAGACACGUUCAAUCCUCAGAAAAGCAGAGUUUGGUUUAACUGUUUACAGAGGACGCAUACAUCGUUCCAGAGCCCAGCCUUCUCACCCCCAAAGAUUUUUUCUUCUCUAUUUAUUAUUUCCUAGAUCUGGCCCGUGGCUUUGGUACCCAGAUGCCAUUGCAGCAGCCAGAUCUCAACAGUGCCUUGGACCAUGGACUGUCUCAGUCAACUCACAAGGGGCUGAUGCCCAAUGGGCUGGCUGCACUGGUCCUUGAUAUGUUACAUGUUUCAGUCUAUUAAUGUGUUCCUUGGUCUUGCUUCCCUAUGCCCUUCCCAGCCCUCCUGCCACCUUUGGGAAAAUUUUUCCCGCUAAUUUUGUGUCCAAUGUAAAAUUCAUUGUCAACCUAAUGCAACCUGUUCCCUUCUCAGCAGCAGCACUUACUCCCCCUCCCCUGUGAUAGAAAUGAAGUGUUUAGGGGCAGUGGGAGAACAUUCUCCAGGUGGAUGGGGAAGGGUCUGGUGCAGGCUCUCCCCACCCCCAUCCCGUUGCCACCAACCGGGGAGUUGUGACCGUCUCCCCCGACCUCUACCAGGGAUGCCUUCAUGCCAAGGCUGCUCUCACCAGCUGCCUCACAUGACAGAUGAGGCUAAUGGACAAAAUCUGCAGUGUCCUUUUCACCUGCACCUUUUUUUAUAAGAAUAUAUUGUAAUACUAAAAACUAUUAAAUCCAUACCAUCCCUACC